GUAUUUCCCCAAUAACCUCUGGGUGUCAGUAUUACAUUGAGAAUCUAUAUGACACUGUGUCCAUCCCCUCACAAACCUUUUGUUUGCCACUGAAAGAAACAGAGGACGCAUUCUACUGUAGCUCACCACUCGAUUGAAUCGUGUUGUGCAAUUUAGAAAAAUGCGACACAUAUGGACUUUAUAGCUUAGACACUGUGUAUUAAUGUGUUGUUGAAUAACGAUGGGGACCGAAAGACAAAGUGGACGAAGGAAUUGCUUCUGGUUUGCUCUUCAUUUGGCUUUACUGUUUAUCGGAAAACGGGCCUCGGCAGAAAUAAGAUACUCUGCCGCAGAAGAAGUGAAAGAAGGGACUGUUGUUGGAAAUGUUGCCAAGGAUCUUGGGCUUGAUAUCGUCUCUUUGUCUGGUCGACGGUUCCGUGUUGUGUCUGAAUCUAAGAAUGAACUGUUUGAUGUAAACCAGGACAAUGGGGCUCUAUAUGUCCGUCAGAAAAUCGACAGAGAGGAGCUGUGUCAGGGAAGUGGUACAUGCCUAAUGGAGCUCAAGAUCAUAGUGGAAAACCCUUUGGAAAUACAUUAUGUGGUGGUAGAGAUUACCGAUGUGAAUGAUCAUUCCCCGAAUUUUCCUGAGAAACACCAGACGUUUGAAAUAGCCGAGCAUACGCUGCCAGGGAGGCGAUUCCAGCUACACACUGCUCGUGAUCCAGAUGCUGGAAUUAACUCUAUUCGUACGUACACGUUAACGUCAAAUGAACAUUUUGAAAUAGAUAUUCGUCAAAGCGAUGAGGAUAAAAUACCUUUCUUAGUGCUGAAGAAAUUGUUGGACAGAGAACAACAAGACAAGCAUUCACUCCUGGUUACAGCAGUUGAUGGAGGUAAACCUCCCAGAUCAGGAACACUAAAUGUUUCUGUUAUUGUUCUUGACAUUAAUGAUAACCGUCCAACAUUUAGUCAGGAGAUUUAUACAGUUGAAAUACAAGAAAAUGCUCCUGUAGGCACUUCAAUAUUAAGAAUGAAUGCGACAGAUCCAGAUGAAGGAACCAACAGUGAAGUUGAAUACAGUCUUGGAAAAACUCUGAAGAAGAAUGUCUACGACAUUUUUGAACUGGACAAAUUAACAGGAGAGAUUAGAGUAAAAGGAGCAGUGGACUAUGAAGAAAAUGACGUUCAUAAACUGGAUAUUGAGGCAUCUGAUAAAGCAACACCUCCAUUAGCCGGUGAGUGUAGACUCAUUAUCAAGAUUAAAGACAUCAAUGAUAACCCUCCAGAAAUAGAAAUCACAUCACUGUCAAAUACAGUAUCUGAAGACUCAAAGCCUGGCACGAUGAUUUCUCUCAUCAGGGUACGAGAUAAAGAUUCUGGAGUCAAUGGAAAAAUUAUUUCGAGCAUAACCUCGGAUGUGCCUUUUGAGUUGAAGCCAUCAUAUAAAGAAAACACAUAUUCAAUUGUCACUAAAGGCUUUUUGGAUCGAGAGCAGGUGUCUCAUUAUGAAAUAACAAUUAAAGCCACAGACUGUGGUGAACCUCCUUUGUCUACUUUGAAAACUCUCAGCAUUCAAAUAUCAGAUGUAAAUGACAACAGUCCACAAUUCUCACAAAACUCACUGCAGUUUUACCUGUUAGAAAAUAAUGUUGCUGGAGCUUCAAUAUUCUCUGUCAGUGCAACAGAUAAAGAUUUAAAUGACAAUGCAGCUAUUUCAUAUCAUAUUGUGAGAGAAGGGAGCCAAAAUGACAUAAUGUCGUUUCUAAAUGUCAAUUCAGAAAACGGACAUAUCACAGCACUGAAAAGUUUUGACUUUGAAACGCUGAAAACUUUCCAGUUCAAAGUUGUUGCCACAGAUUCUGGAGAUCCAUCUCUCAGCACCAACGUCACAGUCAACGUGUUCAUCCUGGAUCAGAACGACAACGCUCCAGUCAUCCUGUAUCCACUCAGCUCCAACGGAUCUGCUGAAGGUGUGGAGGAGAUUCCCCGCAAUGUCAACGCAGGACACUUGGUCACCAAAGUCAGAGCCUAUGACGCUGAUAUAGGAUAUAACGGCUGGUUGCUAUUCUCACUGCAGGAACUCACUGACCACAGUCUCUUUGCUUUGGACCGAUAUACAGGACAGAUCAGAACACUUCGCUCAUUCACAGAGACAGACGAGGCUGAACACAAACUGGUCAUACUGGUCAAAGACAAUGGAAACGUUUCACUCUCAGCAACAGCUACUGUCAUUGUCAAACUUGUGGAGCCCAAAGAGGCUUUUGCAGCAUCUGAUGUCAAAAGUGCAGCAAAAGUUGAUGAAGAUGACAAUGUGACAUUUUAUUUGAUGAUAACUUUGGGAUCAGUUUCUGUACUGUUUCUCAUCAGCAUCAUCGUGCUGAUUGCAAUGCAGUGCUCCAAAUCCACAGACUAUACUUCCAAAUAUCUGCAAGAGACUAAUUAUGAUGGGACACUAUGUCACAGCAUCCAGUACAGAUCUGGAGACAAACGCUACAUGUUAGUUGGACCCAGAAUGAGUAUAGGAUCUACUAUAGUUCCUGGCAGUCAUGCAAACACUCUAGUGCUACCUGACAGGAGGAGGGCAUCUGAAGAGGUAAGGCAUUGA